UAGCUGUACCAUCCUCGAGCACAACCAGUACCAGUGAUAGACACAUAUAAUAUAUCGCUGGCUCGUGUGAAGCAACAACCGCCACCAUGCCGGUCAACGGUACGACGAACGGCAACGUCAAAGGCAAGAAACGCGUAGCAUCUCCAGGAUCGAGCGAUCAAGAGUCGGAUGUCGAGGAUGGAAACGUGAAUGGGAACGGAAGAGCGAACGGACGUGGAGAGUCAUCGUCGAAGAGAAGAAGAGUGCAGCAUGUAGCUAGCGAUGGGGAAGAGGAUGAAGAACGUCCGGGGAUGAGAGGGAUGAACGGUCAUCGUAAUCACGUCAAUGGCAACGGGAAGGUCCAGCCGCGAAACGAUGUAGAUGAAGAUGAAGAUGCCGAUGACGAUGCUUCGGGGGAAGACGAUGUCGACGAUGAAGAAGGUCUGGAGGUCGAACAAGGUCAGAGGGUCCGAACGCAACGACCUGCUGCCCCGAUGCAGAACUUGGUACGGCACGAUAACGGCUACGUCCCAGGCUCGAUCCUCCGAAUCAAACUGCACAACUUCCUCACAUACCACAACGUCGAGUUCAGCCCGGGUCCACAUCUGAACCUCGUCAUCGGGCCGAACGGGACGGGCAAGAGUUCGAUCGUCUGUGGGAUCGCUUUAGGGUUGGGAUUUCCGCCGAAGGUAUUAGGAAGAGCGCCCGAUGUAUCUUCCUUUAUAAUGACCAACCAGACGGAAGCGUUCAUCGAGCUCGAGUUGGAGGGGAAACAAGAGGGGAGAAACGUGCUGAUAAAGAGGUCGUUCAAGAAGAACAAGGGGAGCGUCUGGGAAUUGAACGGUAAAUCAGCCACGGCCCAGCAGGUCAGCGAUACCGUCUCCAAACUUGGGAUCCAGGUGGACAACCUCUGCUGCUUCUUGCCGCAAGACAAGGUCGCUUCGUUCGCUGCCAUGACCCCGAAAGAGCUUUUGAAGGCGACCAUGCAGGCGGCAAACGAGGUCAGGUUGCCGGGGUGGCACGAAGCCCUGGUACAGACGGAUGGAAAGUUGUCGGUGCUCACCACGGACCUCGAUUCGAACAAGUUGCAGUUGGACAAGCUGGCUGAGAAGAUUGCAGAGUUGGAGGAGAUUGUUCAGGCGAGCAACGAGCGGAAAGAGCUCGAAGAGCAGCUGGACAAGUACACCUUGUACCGCCUCUAUGCGCAAUAUAACAAGAAGAAACAGGAAUUUGAGGAGAUCAAGAAAAAGGUCGCCGCGGCCAAGACGAAACUUCAGCAGAUGGGGCAGCAGCAGCAACCGUUGAUGGAGCUUCAGGCGCAUAUCAAGGAUCGGGAAUCGAAGGGCUUGUCGGCCCUCAAGGCGAAUUCGGAUACUGCUAAACAGCACGAGCGGAGGAUCAACCAUCUGCGUGCUAGCAUCGAGAAGGAGAGCGAAUCGGCUGAAGACGCCCAGGAAGAGCUGCGAUCCCUGAGAAAGGGAGAGGAUGAGCGCAAGACCAAGAUAGCAGCUGUCAGGAGCAAACUGGAUGCUGCGGAGGCUACCCUGAACCAAUCGCAGGGGUUGGAUCCGGAACAGGCGAGAAAGGCUGAAGCUAAGCGUACGGAGAUUCGGAGACAGAUCUACCAGCUCGAUAGCCUGGACCAGGACGAUACUGCCAAGAAGGGUCAGAUUCAAGAUGCGAAUAGAAGGUCACUCCAGCAGAUUACACAUUUCCAGAACAGUAUCGCGCAGCUUAACGACGUGAAACGUAAACGACGCGAAGAACUUGCAUCGCGACAGGGAGAUCUCGGAUACGCCAUGGACUGGAUCGACAAGAAUCGUGAUCAGUUCGAGAGGAAUGUCUAUUUCCCACCUGCUGUCGAAGUGGAUAUCACCGAUCCCAAAUAUACCCGGGUCGUCGAGGGUUGUGUCGGACGAGCCGCCAUGUUUACAUUCAUCGCGCAGACGCCAAACGACUAUCGAGCACUCAACAGGCUCAACGACGAGCAACAUUACUUUGCUUUUCGUCGCGAGCGCAAGCGGGUCAGGAUUUCUACCGUCCAGGUCACGCAGCAGGAACUCGAUGCCGUCGAUGAAGAGCCUUCAGUCUCACGUCAGCAGCUCGCCGACCUCGGAUUUCACGGUUAUGCUAUGGACUUCAUCUCGGCGCCAGAUGCUGUCAAAGCCUACUUGCGUUCGGCCGGCCUGCACCAGGCGGCCGUGUCGAUACAAAGAGCGAAUAUCGAGAGAGCAACACAGCUGGGCAUAGGCCGAUUCGUGCAUCUCGAAGGUCAGGUACUCUCGGCGAUACAAGUCAAAAGGUCGAACUACGGAAGUCGAGCCGCGCAAUCGACGACUAGUGCGGUCGGACCGGCUAGGUGGUUUGGCAUGGGAGUCAAUUCUGAGGACAUCCGGAACUACGAGAAUCAGAUUGGAAAGGCCCGAGAAGAGUCGGCCAGGGCCGAGAGACAAGUGGCACAGAUCGAGGUCGAACGGAAGAAGCGGUUGGUGGAGAAGGAGAAGCUGCAAGGCACCGUGGCAGGUGUCCAGGCGGAGAUCGAUCGGAUGGCCGCUGUUCAGAAGCGUGCUCGAGCAGCCAGGACAGACCGAGACGACGCUGCGCGUGAACUCAGUCGACUCGAAAAACUGCCACCGAUUGAGCAAUUGCGUGAAAAGCUUAAGAAGGAAUACCAGUCUUCGGUCAAGAACCGAUUCGAGUUGGCGAUGAAGGGCACUCCCGACCUGCAACACCUCAGAGACGUGACUGUGGGCAUGUCUGAAAACUGCCUGAAACUCCUACAGGCCCAAGCGAACAAGGCGCAAGUCGAACCUAUGGUGGCGAACCGUCAAGAUCGGUUACAACGAUACAAGGACAAGGUGUCCGAGUACACAGAGAUAUCGCGUAAGGUUAGGGACGACGCCAGGACUCUGCAGGCAGAAUACGUCGAGGAACAGAACGAGUUGAAGGACAAGCACAAUAAGAACUUUGUUGACGAAUUUGAAGAGAUGAAUCAUACGGUUGCCGAGAUCGAGGCCUUGAUAGCCGAUACACAGAGCGACAUCGCUCUACAACCGGAGGUGGACAACGCUGCCGAGGCUCGUUUGCAGCGAGAGAAGAAGGAGCACGAUGAACUGCAUGCAUUGGUAGCUACUCAAUCUGCCAAGAAAGCUAAAUACGAUCGGAUGCACGAGACCGCCAAGAACGAAUUCGAACCCGCCUUGGACACCCUGGUGAACACGGUAUCGGAAAAGUUCGAAGAUGCUCUCAGCAAGGUCAACGUCGUGGGACAAGUACGUCUGAAGCGGAUGCCACGGUAUGAAGAUUGGGCUCUGGAGAUCCUGGUCAAGUUUCGUGACAAGGAGGAGCUUCAAGUCCUGUCUCAUCAGAGGCAAUCCGGAGGUGAACGAUCGCUUACCACGAUCAUGUACCUCAUGAGCUUGAUGAAGCUGUCACGGACACCUUUCUCGUUGGUGGAUGAGAUCAACCAGGGCAUGGAUCAGCGGAAUGAGCGAGCGGUUCAUAAUCUACUAGUCAAGACGACCAGCCGAGGUACUGCAGGGUACUUCUUAAUCACACCGAAAUUGCUGACAGGACUGGACUACAACGAGAAGAUGCGGGUAUUAUGCAUUAAUAACGGCGAUUGGCUACCCGACCCCAGCAAAGGCGACCGCCUUGGCGAUCUCAACGGUAUUCUGGCGAGAUUCGCGCGAAAUCGCGCGGCUGCACAGGACAACCACAAGUAGGACAUUGCAUAGAGCGCUUCCUGAUGCUGCCUGGCCAUCUUUUCAUGAUCAAUGACGUCUUUCCUUGUAUCUGUUUGGUACCUCUAGGGUUCCGAGUAUCUGUCAUGUCACCAUUGUAUCGCUUCAUGGAUUUCAUUCCGCCGGCAAA